GUGCAGCAAGGCAUUGUGUUUCAACUGACCCGUUCGCUGUCGGCUGUGGAGACCUUGGCCCUCAAUUCAGGUGCCUAUCUCCUGGGCAAGCAACCCAAUCAGUCCCAAUACAACGACAUCCUGCACUACCAACGCUGGGUGUUGGACGCCAGCUUGUAA